ACUUUCGUUCUUUCUAGAAACUGACAUUUGGGAAAGACGGUUGUCGAAGUGACAUACGAAAGUUUUAUAUUUCGUAUGCAAGCAUGAAUAGGGUGACAGAUACUAAGCUUUAUGACCUGCUUGGCGUAAAGCCAAAUGCAUCAGAAGUUGAAAUUAAGAAGGCCUAUCGUAAGCUUGCAAAACAGUACCACCCUGACAAAAAUCCUGACCCAGAUAUGGCAGAAAAGUUCAAAGACAUUUCAUUUGCCCAUGAAGUGUUGACAAAUGACGAAAAGCGAAGUAUCUAUGACAGAUAUGGAGAAAGGGGUUUAAGAGAAGGAAUGGGAGGAGGAAUGGAUGAUAUUUUCAGUCACAUUUUUGGUGGUGGUGGUGGUGGUGGUGGACUUUUUAGUCAUUUUGGAUUCUCUGAUUUUGGUGGUGGCAGGCACAGGCGGCAACCAAGAAGGGGUGAAAAUGUGAUGCAUAUGUUAAAGGUCACACUGGAAGAUUUGUACAAUGGAAAAACAUCAAAACUCAGGCUUAAUAAGAAUGUAAUAUGCUCAAGUUGUAAAGGGGCUGGAGGAAAAGCAAAUGCUGUACAGACCUGCCAUGCUUGUCGAGGCUCUGGGACAAAAAUUAGUCUUGUUCAAAUUGGACCCGGCAUGGUGCAACAAACACAGCGAAUGUGCCCUGAAUGUCACGGCGAAGGUGAAAUAAUUGACCCAAAACAUUCUUGUAAAAAGUGCAAAGGAAAGAAGGUUGUAGAAGAAGGUAAAAUCUUAGAGGUCCAAGUUGAAAAAGGAAUGAGAGAUGAACAGAGAGUAACAUUUCGAGGAGAAGGCGAUCAACAGCCUGGCAUUGAACCUGGAGAUGUCAUAAUUGUUCUCAAGCAAGUCGAGCACGACAAAUUCACGCGAAGGGGUGAUCACCUUUCUAUGAAACUGAAAGUGUCUCUUGUUGAGGCCCUGUGUGGAUUCCAAAUCCCUAUCAAACAUCUGGACGGGCGAGAACUGCUGCUGACUAGUCCCCCGGGCAAAGUAAUUACUCCAGGAUCUGUAAAGUUGGUUCCCGGCGAAGGAAUGCCGAUGCGCAGGAAUCCAAUGGAAAAAGGGGACCUAGCUGUUGCAUUUGACAUCGAAUUUCCUAUCAAUAAAUCGCUAUUAAACGCCCUGCCGGAACUAGAGAAGCUCCUCCCACCCAGUGAAGAGAAAGUAAGCUACAACGAAGAGGACGUAGAGAAAGUUCAUCUUAUGGACGAGGAACAUAUUCACAAGGAGGAUCCUUCAAGUCGGAGAGAGGCUUAUGAAGAGGACCGCGAUGAUGAUGAUGAUCACCCAGGCGCUGGACAAGGAAUGCAGUGCGCAACACAUUAAGUCAAUAUGGACGUUAAUUUUCGUGCUAGAAUGUCAAACUUCUAAUUCUUGAUUGUAUUUGACCGUUAACCCACUCUUUUGAAGACAUAGGACAAUGUAUGCUAUUCAAAUCUGUUCUGUCAGUUUCA